CACAUUUUUAUUUUUAUAGCUGCCACUCUGCCAAUGCUCAUGGCCAAAAUGCCAACUGACUGAGAUUAACCCGUUUCCUGCGUAUUCCACAGAAAGGUACGCAAUAAUGGCCGCGGUGCUGGCUAACUUAACCGUACUGCUAGACGGAAGCCACGUUAAUCUACCAAUAUCGCCACCGGACCGCAACUUCCGGACACCGCCAAUCGACAUCGCGCUCAACCUUUCUGCGAAGAGAGAAAUUGCACACUGGUACGCUUCCCCGGCGGCGGCAACUAGCUUCCAACAUGACAAAGACGGUCGGAAUCUGAAAGCAGGCUUGCGAGGAAAGCUCAACGCUAAGGUGAAUACGGACAACUACGAGAACUUGUACGACGACGAGAAUGGCAAAGGAAAUGAGUUCCUAGAGGAAGAAGACGAAGAUGAGAAGGACAAUUGGGAGAAGAUCAGGAGGAGAGUAGAGGAGCUUGAGGAGAUGGAGGAGCUGGUGAAGAAAGUUGAGGAGUUGCAGAACCGUUUUGAUGAAGAAUACCCUGAGGAAAAUGAGAACAAUCAAGAAUCGGAGGAAGAGAAGCGCGCAAGAGUGAAGAGAGAGCUCGAAAAGGUGGCAAAGGAGCAAGCUGAGAGAAGAAAAACUGCCCGGUUAAUGUUUGAUCUGGGUCAAAAGGCUUAUGGGAAAGGUAGUUAUGGACGUGCAGUUGAGUUUCUUGAAGGAGCCCUGACGAUAAUUCCAAGACCUACCUUAUUUGGCGGAGAGAUACAAAUAUGGCUUGCUAUGGCUUAUGAAGCAAAUAACCGUCAUAUAGACUGCAUUGCUUUGUACAAGCAAUUGGAAAGGAAUCAUCCUAGUGUCAGCAUUCGACGCCAAGCUUCAGAACUUCGUUACAUAUUGCAGGCACCUAAGCUCAAGAUAACCCAAGAAGAGAUGGUCACCAUACCAUUAAUUGGUUCUAGCUAUGAUAGUUACGCAGCAAUAUGGAGUGAUAAUUACAUGGACAAAGCCCAGAUGCAGAGCCGUACAACCAAUCAACUACUAUCAUCCAAGGACUGGUUAGGGGACUUUUUAGCGAGGAAGCUGCCGGUUGGUAUGAAGAAAAGGCAGACGGUUUGGGUUGCGCUGACAUUAUGGGCAGGUCUGGUUGCUGCUUCCUUUUUGCAAAGAUGAAUGAAGAAUGAAUGGAAUAUGAUGUAUAUAUGUGAAUUUCUUACUCAAUACUCAAUAGUUUAGCUUUGUGUCACUAGUGUGUAAAUAGUCUCUGUUGUCUGAUAGUUUCUCUACAUUUCUCAUGGAAUGACAUGAUGAUCAGUUGCCCCCCUCUCUUUUCAGUGUUACAUUUGUUGAAAUAACAACUUUUGAAUGUUGAGAGCCUUUGAAAUAUACAUGCAAAUACAAUAUGGUGUCUGAACACCAAUCAUCAAUAUGGAGUAUUAUCAUACCAAAAU